CCUAAAAGUUUAUCGCAACCCUUGAAGCUUUUUUGUGGAGGCUUGGAUAAUCUGUGCGAGUGGAGGCAUCAUGCAGAACGAAGAAGGACAGAACGUCGAUCUUUACAUCCCCAGAAAAUGCUCUGCAACAAAUCGAUUAAUCACAUCGAAGGACCAUGCUUCCGUUCAAAUUAAUGUUGGACAUCUGGACGAAAACGGCAUAUACACAGGCCAGUUCACAACAUUUGCUCUCUGCGGAUUUGUCCGUCAACAGGGAGAGGCUGACAGCGCCUUGGAUAGGCUGUGGCAUAAGAAGAAAUCAGAACUUGGACAGUAACUUCCUACAAUGAAUGCGAAUAUUUUAGUAUUGUAUUUUUAUUGUUCUGGAUACAGAAUGCAAUUUUAAUUGGAAUAUGGUGACUUUUGUGUCAUGGAAACAAUUGGUAUUUUUAGUGAUUUUAGAUUUCCAUAGCUAAAUAAUUUCUGAUUCCCUGGAUACAUCCUACGUGGAGUUUCUCAUUGCCAAUGUUUUUGAGACUUCUUUAAGAUCUCCUCUUUGGAAACUUAAGAGGAGAGUUUUUGGUUACUAGGAAUGGAUGCUCAUUUAUAUUGCUAUUA